CUCCCCCAAGGAAGACAGCGCAGCUUGCCUGGCACCCGUAACCGGUUGACCAGGGGGGCCGCCCGCCCGCCUCGUUCGUCGUUCCUCUCCCCGUCGGGGACGAGUCUUGGCAAGAGCUGGAAACGUCCCCCCAGACCUUGUCCAGGCCGGCCGGCCCCCCGGAAGUGGCUGAUCUGGCACCGCCGCCACGCCGGGACUGGUUCAACAGUCCUCAAAGCCCCCCCCCCCUCUCCCCGCCCGGCCGCAGGCAGCAUAAAGAGCAGGGCCGUAAAAGCAGCAGUAUAUCGGGAUCAUGCCCCCGCCCGUGUCUUCUUCGCCAGGCUGCUGCCCCCCUGGAUGGAAGCUCUUCCGAUGGAGGUGUUUGUGGGUGUCCGACGUGGAGGGAAAUCGGCAACAGAGCCAGGAACGCUGCAAACAUCAAAGGGCUCGGCUGCUGGUGUUCAAGGGCUGGGACGCGGCCGCCGUCUGGGAGGCCAUAGGAGGAAGGGGUUACCCGCAAGACAGACAACUCUGGAUUGGACUCACUGGACAGAAGCCAUGGAAGUCUUCAUGGACUUGGUCUUGGGCUGAUGGCUCCCCUUAUGAAAGCGAGAACAAACCUCAGGUAGCCUCGACAUAUAGCGGAUCUUCAGCAUGUGCUACACUGAGCCAAGGACGACUCUCAGGAGGGCCUUGUUUUGGAAGGUUGUGUCGAUACAUCUGCGAGAAGGCCGCCAGUCCAGCUCGGUUGGUCUAAGAUUUGGAGGCUGCCUCUCUGGCCCGAAGCCCCAGAGGGGCCCAUGCCCAAAUUGAGGGAAGCCCUGCAGCAGCUACAUCAGAC